AUGAAAGGUAGAUGUAAUAAUAUAUCGAAUACUAGUAUAUACCCCGAAUACUACUUCCUCAUAGCCAAAGAAUUUAUUACUACAGAUAUAUCAACUAUAAAAAUAUACAAUAAAAAAGAUAAAAAAUAUACAUUAAAUUUUCCUAUAAUUUUUUUUAUAUUUGCUCUUUUAAUUUGUGUAUUACAGUGUUAUAAUAAUGGAGAUUCCUUUAGGUCAUGUAAUUAUAAAAAUAACUUAAAAAACGUAUUAAAUUUAGGAUUUAAAAGAUCAUUAGCAGAAAGUAAUGAUAGAAAAAUACAAACAAAUGAGGAAUUCAAAUUUUGUAAACAAGAGAGUUUAAAAAAAACAAAUUUAGAAUCAAGAAAGGAGGAAAGUGGUAUAAAGAAGAAUAUAUAUUUAGAAGAAGGAAAUGAUAUAGAGACAAUAGAAAAAAGUGAAAAAGUAAAAUUUAAUGAGAGGGUCUCAAAAAUGUGCAUAAAUAAUUUAAAACUAAUUUUAUCAUCCUUUACUUUUCCCUUAUCACUCAUUUCACUUAUAUUAUCUAUAAAAUUUAUUGGUAAUAUUGAUUCAAUAUUAGGUCCUUUGGCUUAUUUGUUAAUCAAUUUAUCUAUUGUAAUACAUUUAAUCCUUUUAAUACAAGAAAAAAUAGAGAAAAAACGUAAAAAUAAAUUAUAA